AUGGAGGUCCUGAAGGAGAAAGUGGAGGAGGAGGAGGCCGCAGAGCGGGAGGAGGCAGAGGAGCGUGCUAAGAUGGAGAAAACGAUGAGGCCCGCGGAGGUGCGGGAGGAAGCCAGCCUGACGCAGGAGAUGCUCAGAGACCUGGGGAAGGAUCUGUCGGAGAUUGAGGUCCCCAUCCCAGAAGAGCCCCCGAUUUUAACUAAGGACAUCAUUGACAUCUCCUCCCUGCCACCUUCCUACAAAACCAACUCGCUCAAAGAGGAGCACCUGCUGCAGGUGGCGGACAACUUCUCCCGUCAGUACAGCCACCUGUGCCCGGACCGCGUGCCUCUCUUCUUGUACCCACUGAAUGAGUGCGACGUGCCGAAGUUUGUGAGCACCACCGUCCGGCCCACGCUGAUGCCCUACCCUGACCUCUACAACUGGGACAGCUGUGCCCAGUUUGUCUCUGACUUCCUCACCAUGGUGCCUCUGCCUGACCCCCUCAAGCCGCCCUCGCACCUGUACUCCUCCACCACGGUGCUCAGGUACCAGAAGGGGAACUGCUUCGACUUCAGCACGCUGCUGUGUUCCAUGCUCAUUGGCUCGGGCUAUGACGCCUACUGCGUCAACGGCUAUGGCUCACUGAAGCUGUGCCACAUGGACCUGACGCGGGAGGUGUGCCCACUCACCAUGAAGGCCAAGGAGUUGGUCAAGAAGGAGGAAAAGGCACCACUUAAGAAAUAUGCCAUCAAACCACCCAGGGACCUGACCAGCAGGUUUGAGCGUGAACAGGAAAGCAAGAGGCAGGCGGAUCUGAAAGCCCAGGAGGAGAAGCGACUCCGGGAGGAGGAGGAGCGCAUUUUGGAGGCAGAGAAGGGGAAACCUGACCCCCUGCAUGGCUUGCGGGUGCACUCCUGGGUCCUGGUGCUAUCUGGGAAGCGUGAAGUGCCCGAGAGCUUCUUCAUUGACCCGUUCACAGGCCUCAGUUACAGCACUCAGAACGACCACUUCCUAGGCAUUGAGAGCCUCUGGAACCACAAGAACUACUGGAUCAACAUGCAGGACUGCUGGAACUGCUGCAAGGACUUGGUCUUUGACCUGGGAGACCCUGUGAGAUGGGAGUUCAUGCUGCAGGGGACAGACAAGCCUUACUUGUCCUUGACUGAGGAAGAAGAUGAAGGACUGAACGAUGAUGAUGAUGUGGAAGAACUGGGCAAGGAGGAUGAGGACAAGAGCUUUGACAUGCCGGCCUCAUGGGUGAUGGAGAUCCACAUCUCCCCAGAAGCAUUCGAGACCCGCUGCCCAAAUGGGAAGAAGGUGAUACAGUACAAGAGGGCCCAGCUGGAGAAGUGGGCCCCGUACCUCAACAACAACGGCCUCAUGUGCCGCCUCACCACCUACCAGGACCUGGAGUGUACCAAGAUUCUGGAGAUAAAGGAGUGGUACCAGAACCGGGAGGACAUGCUGGAGCUGAAGCACAUAAACAAGACCACAGGCCUGAAUGUCGACUACUUCAAGCCAGGCCACUCCCAGGCUCUGCGCAUGCACUCAUACAAGUCCAUGCAGCCUGAGAUGGACCGCAUCAUGGAGUUCUACGAAAUGGCCCGUGUGGAUGGCCUCGUAAAGCGGGAGGAGACGCCCAAGACUAUGACAGAAUACUAUCAAGGACGCUCGGACUUCCUCUCCUACCGCCACAUCAACUUUGGAGACAGGGUCAAGAAGCCUGCUCCAUACAAUACAGAGUCAAACCCACGGCCCAUGGUGAAAAUCACGGAGCAGUUCAACCGCAAUCGCGCGAAGCCCGCGGACGAGGACGUGGCCGAGCGCGUGUUUCUGAUCCCUGAGGAGCGCAUCCAGCUGCGCUACCACUGCCGGGACGACCACAUCACGGCAAACAAACGCGAGUUCCUGCGGCGCACGGAGGUGGACAGCAAGGGUAACAAGAUCAUCAUGACGCCGGACAUGUGCAUCAGCUUCGAGGUGGAGCCCAUGGAGCACACCAAGAAGCUUCUAUACCAGUAUGAGGCCAUGAUGCACCUGAAGAAUGAGGAGAAGCUGUCCCGACAUCAGGCUUGGGAGUCGGAGCUGGAGGUGCUGGAGAUCCUGAAGCUUCGGGAGGAGGAGGAGGAGGCGCACACACUGGCCAUCUCCAUUUAUGACACCAAGCGCAAUGAGAAGAGCAAGGAGUAUCGGGAGGCCAUGGAGCGGGUGAUGCAUGAGGAGCACCUGCGGCAGGUGGAGGCCCAGCUGGACUACCUGGCUCCAUUCCUGGCUCAGCUCCCCCCGGGUGAGAAGCUGACUCGCUGGCAGGCAAUGCGCAUCAAGGACGAGUGUCUCAGUGACUUCAAGCAGCGGCUCAUUGACAAGGCCAACCUUAUCCAGGCCCGCUUUGAGAGGGAAACUCAGGAGCUGCAGAAGAAGCAGCAAUGGUACCAGGAGAACCAGGUGACCUUGUCGCCUGAGGACGAAGACUUGUACCUGAGCUACUGUUCUCAGGCCAUGUUCCGUAUCCGUAUUCUGGAACAGAGGCUCAACCGGCACAAGGAGCUUGCUCCGCUGAAGUACCUGGCACUGGAGGAAAAGCUCUGCAAGGACCCACGCCUGGUGGAGCUGGUGAAAGUCUUUGUUUGA